AUGGCGACGCGCAAUCCUUUCCCGGACGGGAAAACCGUGUUUUUGACGAUCUAUGCUGCGGUUGUUGCCAGCGUCGUAUUUUCUGCUCUUGUCAUUCUCUCCUCCUUCUACACCUCACCCGCUGCCGGCGUCGGCGACGGAGUAACGUCGCUCUUCUCGUUGUCUUCUCCUCCCUCAACAUCUCCUCCUCCUCCAUCGCCGAUAGUAACUACUGCCUACAAUAUUGGAAUGUUUCACUGGCGUCCCACUGAUUCUGCGAAGAGGCUAGCUAAGGAGUGGAAAGAUUUACUUCUUGGUGAUGAAGAGAAAUGGGACCAGGCUGUCUUUAAUGAUCUUGUCCGCCAUGUUUUAGGACCAUCACUUAAAGGAGAAAGUGGACUUUUUUAUGCUUAUGAUGGGACUCUUAAGGCAAUGCCCCAGCAACUCAAACUGGAACCAUAUGCUGUGCAUACUACCUUCCAGUUUUCAGGUUCUGAUGGAAAGCGCCAUAGGUUACGUGAGGCUAUGCUUUUCUAUGACCAACCUGCAUAUUACGAUACACCAGGAGGUUUCUUAUCAUUCAAACCUGGUAUUCCUAAGAGUUUGUUGCUGGAUGGGCCACAUACCGUACAAUCACACUUCUCAUUGGUUAAUUACCAGUUGAGGCAGAUAAGAACUGCACUUGCUGUUGCUUCUCUGUUGAACCGAACACUGGUAAUGCCUCGAUUAUGGUGCAGGUUUGAAAGAUUGUGGUCUGGACAUCUUGGAAUUUUGAAAGGGACACUGACCACGCAACCUUUUGUAUGCCCUAUGGACCACUUGUUUGAGAUUCAUACCAUGGUCCGUGGCCUUUCUGAAGAAGAAUUUGGCCCACAAAUUCAUUUCAGGGAGUACUCGUUCCUGCAGAAUCCAUCAGUGCCCAAACAUGUGAAGGAAUCAUUACUUAAUGUUCAACUUUGUGAUGCACAUUCCAAAGGAUGCAAUAUAUCCAAUGAAACAACUAGCCGUGGUUUCAUCCAAUUUCCUAGAAAUAGCACUGAGCAGGUGUACAUGCAAGUAUUCUCCCAGUACAAAGAUAUCCAAGUCUUGCACUUUUCAUCCAUGUCAAAUGCGUUCCUAGGGUUCAGUGAUGAGGCAAGGGAAGCAACAUUUAGAAAUCGCGUCAAGAGAUACGUCGGAACAUGGUGUUGCGUGCGGAACCAAAGUCCUAGCCACAUAUACUAUGACAUGUACUGGGAUGAGAAACCAUGA